UUUUUAGACAAUCAGUAUACUCUAACUGUUAAACGAAUAAAGACAUAAAAGCGAAGAUGCUCAAAACAUCCAACAGUUUAAAAUGGGCGACGUUAUCUCUAUCAACGCGCGCUGCUUCUACCGGUAGCUUAAAGCUAGAAUAUUUAGAUUCUGCUGAUUGGAAUAAAGCACGAACGUAUAAUGAAAUUCCAGGACCAACAAAAUAUGAACUUUUUCGAGGAUUUUUGCCAGGAGGUCAAUAUUAUGACAAAUCAUUUACGGAAUAUAUAAUGCAUGCUCGAAAACAGUACGGUGAUACAUUUAAAAUUCCUGGAACAUUGGGAAAGGUUGAUGUUGUUAUGCUUUUCAAUGUCGAUGAUAUUCAAAAAGUUUUUCGUACCGAGGGUAUUUGGCCAAAUAGACCAGGAAUGGACUCGAUGGCAUAUUAUCGAAAGAAAUAUCGUAGCGAAUUGUACGAUAAGGCUGAAGGACUUAUAGCUUCAGAAGGUAAAGCAUGGUCCACAUUUCGUACAGCUGUGAAUCCUGUGCUAAUGCAGCCACGUAAUGCAAAGACUUAUGUUAUCCCAAUGCAAGAAGUCAACAAUGAAUUUCUACAAAGAAUCCGCGAUAUACGUGACCCAAUAACUCACGAAGUACCAGACAACUUCAUAGACGAAAUCAAUCGACUAACCUUUGAAUCAGUUUCGGUUGUUGCCUUGGAUAAAGAACUCGGAUUAAUUCGAAAGAAUCGAGACAGAGCCGAUGCAAAAGAAUUAUUUAAAAAUCUUCAAAUAUUUCUUCAAUAUGUUUAUGAAUUAGAUUUCAAACCAUCUGCAUAUAAAUACGUCUGGACACCAACAUUUGCUCGUUACAAGAAAGCUUUGGAUGGUAUUUAUGAGACUAUAUUCGGUUAUGUCGAAGAAACACUUCAACAGAUGGAAAAGAAAAAUUUAGAGAACUCUGCAGAAAGAGAAUUAAGUGUAUUGGAGAAAUUGCUGAAAAUUGAUAAAUCUAUUGCAAUUGUAAUGGCUAUGGAUUUGUUAAUGGCUGGAGUGGAUACGACCUCUACUGCGAUCAGUGGAAUUCUUCUCGAAGUCGCUACCAAUCCGGAGAAGCAGCAAAAACUACGAGAAGAAGUCCGCAAAGUUCUGCCACAGAAAGACUCGACAUUUACUGUGGAAUCAAUGAAAAAUUUACCCUAUUUAAGGUCAUGCAUCAAAGAAGGUCUUCGAAUGCAUCCGAUUGGUGUUGGAAUUCCCCGUACAGCUGGUGAUGAUAUUGCUUUAGGUGGCUAUCAAAUUCCAAAAGGAACUCGAGUACUUUCGAAUUCGAAUUUAUUGCUGAGAGAAAAGAACUUUUUCCCGCGGCCGAAUGAAUUCAUUCCCGAACGCUGGAUACGUGACGGACCAUUGGAAACUGUUGUAACGCCUUUUUCAUAUCUUCCCUUUGGUUUUGGGCCACGAAUGUGUGUUGGCAGGAGAAUUGUUGAUCUUGAAAUGGAGGUUACAGUGGCACGUUUGGUUAGAAAUUUUUAUAUGGAAUUUAAUUAUCCGACGGAGAAUGCUUUUAAGGGACAGUUUCUCAACACACCAGCUAUUCCGUUGAAAUUUAAGUUUACUGAAGUUGAAAAUUGAAAUAAAUAUAUAUUAUAACUUUUAAUAAAAAUUGGUUUUUAUUGGACAAAA